CUCCCGAAUUUUCACUUUGGUUUUUGAGCUUGGUUUGGGGGAGGAGAGGAACGCGUGGGCGACUGUCUUCCUUCGUAGAUGAACUUCGAGGUGAAGUUCACUUCCCCUGUUACUUACAAGCUGAAACUGGCCCAGACGUGCAUGGUAAGAAAGAACAAAGUUGUGUUCUUCAAAAUCAGAGGGAAGUUGCUUUGUAAAGAGUUAUAUACAUGUUAGUAAUUAUUACCAUAUUUUAGAUUCAAUUUCGAAAAAAAAACCUAUUGAGAACUCACUCUUAGCUGCUAGGCGCUGCAGGAACUGGAAACACACUGACCUGUGUAAGAGGAUGCCCUGCGAGUGUCCAUAAGUAAGUGUGUGGGAUGGCUUGGCGAGGGCACCAGUCCACCUUGGGAUUCAGUUUCUCUAUUUGGAAAAAAAAAUGUGUUACACUUGUAAACCCUUUUCCGGUUGUCUGAUUCUUUGGGACUGGAAUUCUGUUCUCCCAAUUAUCAAGCAUUGCUGGGGGAGGAACGUUCAUGUGUCAUCUCAUUUAAUCCUCAAGAUCUAUCUACUCCAGAUUUGUUUGCCUCUAACCUUUCCAUAUACUUCCUCCUCAUGGCUGAGAGUAAUGUGUUUUCCGUUUGGUGGACCCUUACCAAUAAGCAAGGAUAGCAGCCACUACUUGACACAGUCUUUUCCCAGUUUUCAGGGUGAAGUCUCGCUCAGAAAGCUGAAAGAGGUUGCAACCUUGACCGAGGUAGUAUUAGAGCUGGCGUAUUCAGCUCUGGCAUCACCUUACUGGUGUGGCUUAAGAAGAAGUCAUCAGGAUCUUUGUAUUUGGAAAGCUAUAUAAAUGUCAGUGUCGUAAUGUCUCGGGAGAUGGAUGUGGAGGGUCAGCCGCCCCAUGGCAGUGGUGCCUGUUCACAGUCCCAAGGCAGCUUCUCGCAGUCGCAAGGCAUCUCCUCCCAGACACAUGGCUCCUCCUCACACUCGCAGGGCACGUCCAGCUCUUCCACCAACACAGCACCCACAUCCAGCCAGUCCUCUCAUUCCAGCUCGGGGACUCUGAGCUCCUUAGACACGGUGUCCACCCAGGAACUCUGUUCGAUUCCCGAGGACCAAGAACCGGAGGAGCCUGUCCCUGCCCCUUGGGCUCGAUUGUGGGCUCUUCAGGAUGGAUUCACCAAUCUUGAGUGUGUUAAUGACAGCUACUGGUUUGGGAGAGAUAGGAGCUGCGAAUACUGCUUUGAUGAGCCACUGCUGAAAAGAACGGAUAAAUACCGGACUUACAGCAAGAAACACUUUCGGAUUUUCAGAGAAAUGGGUCCCAAAAACUCUUACAUCGCAUACAUAGAAGAUCACAGUGGGAAUGGAACCUUUGUAAAUAGAGAGCUUGUAGGGAAAGGAAGACGCCUUCCUUUGAGUAACAAUUCUGAAAUUGCACUUUCAGUGUGGAGUAAUAAAGUUUUUGUAUUUUUUGACCUGACUGUAGAUGAUCAGUCAGUUUAUCCUAAGGAAUUAAGAGAAGAAUACAUCAUGUCAAAAACUCUCGGAAGCGGUGCCUGUGGUGAGGUGAAGCUAGCUUUUGAGAGGAAAACAUGUAAGAAAGUAGCCAUAAAAAUCAUCAGCAAAAGGAAGUUUGCUGUUGGCUCUGAGAGAGAGGCAGAUCCGGCUCUCAAUGUUGAAACAGAAAUAGAAAUUUUGAAAAAACUAAAUCAUCCUUGUAUCAUCAAGAUUAAAGACUUUUUUGAGGCUGAAGAUUAUUAUAUUGUUUUGGAAUUGAUGGAAGGAGGAGAGCUGUUUGACAGGGUGGUGGGGAAUAAACGCCUGAAAGAAGCUACGUGCAAGCUCUAUUUUUACCAGAUGCUCCUGGCCGUACAGUACCUUCAUGAAAACGGCAUUAUACAUCGGGACUUAAAGCCAGAGAAUGUUUUACUCUCAUCCCAAAAAGAGGACUGUCUUAUAAAGAUUACUGAUUUUGGGCAGUCUAAGAUUUUGGGGGAGACCUCUCUCAUGAGAACCUUAUGUGGUACCCCUACCUACCUGGCUCCUGAGGUUCUUAAUUCCUUUGGGACUGCUGGAUAUAACCGAGCUGUGGAUUGCUGGAGUUUAGGAGUUAUUCUUUUUAUUUGCCUUAGUGGGUAUCCACCUUUCUCUGAGCAUAAGACUCAAGUGUCCUUGAAGGAUCAGAUCACCAGUGGAAAAUUCAACUUCAUUCCCGAAGUCUGGGCAGAGGUCUCAGAGAAGGCUCUGGACCUUGUCAAGAAGCUGCUAAUAGUGGAUCCAAAGGUGCGUUUUACGACAGAGGAGGCUUUAAGACACCCAUGGCUUCAGGAUGAGGACAUGAAGAGAAAAUUUCAGAAUUUGCUUUUUGAAGAAAAUAAGUCGACGACUGUACCCCAAGUCCCAGCCCAGCCUUCCACGAGUCGAAAGCGACUUCUUGAAGGGGAAGCAGAGGAGGCUGACGCCACAAAGCGUCUGGCUGUGUGUGCUGCUGUGUCGUGAACACUGGCUGAAUGAAAGCAACCUGCCUUCUUGGACCCUGCUGCCACUUUCUUGAAGUCUGUGUUUUAUAGUUUGUAUCGUAAUUGUGGGGACGGUUCCUUUUCCACGAUCAUCAAUACACAAUUCUAAACCUA